AUGACGACAGCACAGAAACUCCAACCACCGCCCGCACCCGAAAUCGGCAACUCUAGGGGGAGAACGUUGAUAGAGACUGGCACGGCUGAUUCACGUCCUCAGCCAGAAACUACGAAGCAUAAAGAGGACGUGAGAAAAAGCAUGUUUGGUCACAACCCGAUCACUAGCCACGUAUCCAAGCGACGGAGUUCAUCCUUGUCGAGUGAUGCAGGAAAAUCAACUGCCGAACCUAUUGGAGAGGAGGAGGAAACUAUUGUUGACGAUGGGGAGAAGAACAUGUUGUUGUCGAUAAUCUCGCAAUUGAGGCCCGGAGCUGAUUUGAGCCGCAUUACCCUGCCGACAUUUAUCCUUGAGCCAAAGAGCAUGCUGGAGAGGAUCACAAACUUUAUGCAACACCCCGAGACCUUGUUACCAAUGACAGCUGUUGAUGACCCAACUCAACGGUUCAUAUCUGUUGUGAAGUUUUAUUUGAGUGGUUGGCAUAUCAAGCCUCCCGGCGUCAAGAAACCUCUGAACCCAAUUCUUGGCGAAUACUUUACCUGUCAUUGGGAUUUCAAUGAGACACCCGGAACACAGGCAUUCUACAUCUCCGAGCAAACGUCUCAUCACCCCCCAAAAUCAUCUUACUUUUAUAUGGCCCCCCACCAUGGUAUCCGGAUAGAUGGGACCUUGAAACCGCAAUCUCGGUUCCUAGGGAACUCGGCAGCAUCCAUGAUGAAUACCUCAGUUGUGGUUCUCCGACUACUCAACCGAGGAGCUACUGCGGGAAAGCCGGAUGGCGGGGAGAAGUAUAUCUUGACCCAACCGAACAUGUAUGUCCGCGGCAUCCUGUUUGGGAAGAUGAAGUACGAACUAGGCGACCAUUCGUAUAUCAAGUGCCCGGAGUUAGACCUGAUGGCAGAUAUCGAUUUUAAGGUCAAGGGAUUUUUCACUGGCGCUUAUAAUGCUAUCGGAGGGCAAAUUAAGAGGGAGAGUACUGGUGAGGUUCUAUAUGAGAUUACAGGUAGCUGGAGUGGGGAGAUGUUUAUUAAGGAUUGCAUGACUGGAAAGAGAGAUUUGCUUUUUGAUGCCACUAAUGCUGCACCUACGUCACCAAUUGUUAGACCAUUGUCUGAGCAGGAUGAGCGUGAAUCUCAGAAGCUCUGGGGACCUGUGACUACUGCAUUGAAGUCGAAGGAUCAGGAAGGCGCUACUGAUGCCAAAUUCAAAAUCGAAGAUAGGCAAAGAGAAGAAGCUAGGUUGAGGGAAGCUGACGGUGUAGAGUGGAAGCCAAGAUUCUUCCGUGCUGUUGACCCCUCGAGAGGUGAGGACGAGCAGCUUGAUUGGAUCAUCUCAACCAACAUCGACGGCACAACCCCGGAAGAGCAGAUUAAGCAAAUAUUGAACAUUGCGCCGAUAAUUACAGGAGCAAGGCGGGCUAGUAAAUACGAUAUCCCACCCCACCAUCCUCACACAGAAACUGUUCCUGAGGGUACCCAAAAUGGGGUGUAA